AUGCCCCUCUCACGCAUCCCUAUACAACACUCGCACACAAGUAUAGCACACCUACCACUCACUAAUCAGGCAUGCAUAUAUCCACGAAAGCACCUCAAACAGAACCCCCCACAUAUCCACUCACAGGAUGGCAACGCCGAGGGUUCGGGCGGAGAUGUGCGCCGUGGACUGGGUCUGGCGGCCGUGUGGGUGGCGCGUAACCGGUUCGCUGUGUUGGACAAGUCCAAUGUGAUCCUGGUCAAAGAUCUCAAGAACGAGAUCACCAAGAAGAUCACCCCCCCACACGCAGCAACGGAUAUGAUCUUUAACGCCGGCACGGGCCAGCUGUUGCUGAGGAGCGAGGAUACCAUGUCGCUGUUUGACUUGCAGCAGAAGAAGGUCAUGGCCGAAGCCACCAUCAUUGGCGUCAAGUACGUGGUCUGGUCGCCCGACCAACAGUUUGUCGCGAUGCUCUCCAAACACGCCAUCACCAUAUGCAAUCGCAAGUUGAAGCAGCUGUGCACGUUCCACGAGACGAUCCGCGUCAAGAGUGGCGCGUGGGACGAGAACGGCGUGUUUAUCUACACCACACUCAACCACAUCAAGUUUGCGCUGCUGUCGGGAGACAAUGGUGAAGGGUUCACAGCACCUUCCCGAGGCGUUCCCUACACGCAGGUGUGGCAGUCCAACUGUCGCUUGGCGGGCGAGCACUGUGCGGCUGGUGCUUUUGAUGUUGCCGCGCAAAUCCUCAACACACAGAUCGGAGUGGUCAACUUUGAACCGCUACGUCCACUCUUCUUGGGCACGGCCUCUGCUACACAGACUGCCGUUCAGGGGUUCGCCACAUUGCCCUGUAUGAUUAACGCUGUUCACGGCAACUGGCAAGAGGCCGGGCCCAAGAACGGCAUUCCCAUCACCAGUGUGUCACUCGACUCACUCCUCACAAGGCUACAGAGCGCAUACCAAGCCACUACAUCAGGUAAAUUUGCUCUGUCUCUGAGCCAUUUCCGGCAGAUCAUCUUGGCCAUCCCCUUACUGGUGGUCGAGGGUAAGCGUGAGCUCAACGACGCGCAGCAACUGGUUAGUAUCUGCAAGGAGUACGUCACAGGCAUCUCCAUGGAGCUGAUGAGGAAGGACCUGCCCAAGUCUAACCUACAAGAGCAGCUGCGUGUGUGCGAGUUGGCGGCGUAUUUCACCCACUGCAAUCUGCAGCCCAUGCAUCUCAUCCUGACGGUAUGUGUGAUGUGGAGUGUGAUGGGUGACACGUGGUAG